GAAAGGAUGAGAUCAAAAUAGAAAAUUCUUUUGAGCUGACAGAGUCAUGUUAAGUGGGUUCUCUAAGUUGUUAAGCUACCGAUGCUAGUGAGCCCACUUUUAAGCUCACUGGAAAUGAUAACCAUGUGAAUUUAGUUCUUAUUUUGUAAAAGUAAGCUUACAAACACUACUUCUCAAGUGAUGUAUCAUGAUCCGGCAACAGUUUUUCUUAGUUCCAUGGAUUGCAGGUUAACCAUCAGAAAUAAAGCAGAAAAGAAAAGGCUAUAUAGAAAUUGAUUUAACAAUGGGGCUUCGUUUGCCAUCAUCCCUGCUGCUGGCUGCCAAGCAAAUUCACAAGAUGCAGUUCGGUUUUGUCAAGAAGCAGUCUGAUUUUGUUCCUAGAGGUCAUUGUGCUGUAUAUGUGGGAGAUAUCCAAAGGAAGCGAUUUGUGGUUCCUGUUUCGUACUUGAACCAUCCUUCAUUCCAACAACUACUAAACCGAGUAGAAGAGUUUGGUUACCAUCAUCCACAUGGAGGUCUAACAAUUCCUUGCAAAGAGGGCGCAUUCAUUGAUUUUACUUCUAGACUGCAACACUCUUGAAGGAUGAAGAU